AUGCUCACUGAAAGUGAAAUGAACCGUAAUAUUGUUCUUCUUGCCGAUCCGAAUAAAAUUACGCGACAAAAAGCUCUUCAAAAUCUAUGCAAUGAUCUUAAAUCAUCAUUAGCCAUCACUGACAAUAAUGAACAUAUUCAACCUCCACCGAAUACAAUCGAAUCUAUACUACGAAUAUUUUCCGAUCCAGCUGAAAAAAAUCGGGAUCUAUCAUUAACAUAUAUAUCAAUGUAUAUUACUAAAUAUUGUAAUGAUGAAAACAAUAUCGAUAAAAUAUUAUCCUCCUUAAUGCCAACAUUAGUACAACGACUCGGAGGAAAUGAUAUUAUUGAACCGUCCGAAGAAAUACGUUUAAAAUCUAUUUCAAUUCUAUCUGAAAUUUGUCGUAUAUAUUCCAAUGGAAAUAGAUUAGCAUUAUAUUUAAAUGAAUGGAUCGCAGUAUUAAAACGAACUAUCACUGAUCCAUAUCCUGAAGUCAGAAAAUUAAGUUGCGAAUUAACAUCAAAACUUGCAGCAAAAUGUCAUGAAAAAUUUCAUCUUAUGUCUGAACAUCUUGUUAAACCAAUUAUAGAAACUAUGAAACAUCAACAUGCAAAAGUACGUGUUGAAGCAAUCAAUGCGCUUGGAAAUGUUAUUCGUUAUGGAAAUAAUAAAUCUGUUGAAGAAAGUGUAUCACCGUUAGCACAACGAUUUUUUGAUCAUACAAGUACUGUACGUCUUGCUGUUAUUAAUGUUGUUGGCAUAUGGAUGCUUGAAUUACGGGAUCGUUAUUCAUAUUUUCAUAUGAUGUUACCGCUUUUAUUAACUGGCUAUACGGAUGAGAUACAAGAAAUUCGAGAAACAACAGAUUCACUUUGGUGGGAUGUUGGUUUAAAAUAUGAAAAAGAGAAUGAAGAAGAUCUUAAAGAUCAAAUUAAUUUUCCAAAUAUUCCAAAAAAAUAUCCACCUAAUUUGACACGGCCAAAUGUGGGUUGUCGAGAACUAGUUAAAAGAAAUGUAGUACGAAUUCUUCCUGCUAUUCGUAAUGAUCUAACUGAUUGGGUUGUAUCAGGACGUAUGAAGUCUUCUGAAUUACUUGUUAUUCUCACAUGGCAAGCUGAAGACACGAUAACGCAACAUUUAGAAGAUACACUUCAAGUUUGCUCCAAAGCACUUGUAGACGAUGAACCAAUAGUUCGUGAAAAAAUAAAUCAAGCAUUAAUUAAUAUUGGCUAUUUUGUACCGAUUAAUAUUUGGUUUAAUUUAAUUCGACCACAUUUUGAACAAGCCUCAAGUUUAGGUUUACUUCGUUUACUUGCGCCACUGUUGACAGGUGUGACAUGUGAUGAAUUAAUGCAAACUGGAAAAAUUCUGGACCAACUACUUACAAUUAUUCUUAAAUCUGAUUAUACUGAUAAUUUUCAAUUACCAAUACAGAACGAACUUUUACGUAUUUGUCGACUUCUAAUUGAAAAAUGUCAACAACAAUUAGAACCUUACGCUUAUCGGAUAUUUAAAUGUAUUUUGAGUCUUUUAUCAAUUGUUGACAAUGAUGAAUUAAAACAACAGUGUAAACAAACACUGACUGAUCUAGCCUCGAAAACAUUUGAAAAUAGUUCUUUAAAUCAAAUGUAUGAAAAAUUUGCUUCACAAUUAUUUGAUGAUCUUAAACAAACAUCUAAUGAUUGGUUAAGAAGUAGUCGAGAUCGUUUUAUCUUCGAAACAUUUAUUAUGCAAGCAGAAUCAUCGAAUCGAUUUUUUCUCCCAGAUAUUAUUGAGAUUUUACGGACUGUCAUGAAUCCUGAUCGUGAUUCGGAAAUACGAAAUCAAUGUUUAUUAAUUAUUGCAAAUUUACUUCAAUUUAUUGAUGAUACGGACACAACAUUAAUAAUUAGUCCACAUUUAACAGUAUUAAUUGACGAAUGUAUAUUACCAAAUAUGCGAUGGAAAGCAGGUCGAACAGCCGCCGCUAUCCGAGCAACAGCUAUUGCUACACUUUGGUCACUAUUUCAAGCAAAAUCAUUCAGUUUUGAACAAUGUGCAUUGUCAACAAAAGAAAUUCUUCUUGCUGUAUUAGGAAUGUUAGAUGAUGACGAUCGUUUAACACGAAUGAAUAGUUGUUAUGUUUUGCAAGCACUUUUUUCCAACGACGAUGCUAUUCGUACGAUUGAUAAUGAUCGUUUACAUAAAUCCUAUCCAGAUUUAUUGAAACGCUUAGAUGAUGUAUCGGAUGAUAUUCGUCUUGCAAUGUGUUCAACAUUAAAUGCCUAUGUACAAGCAUUUCACGGAGAUUUCACUGUUGAUCUUUAUCGAUCGCAUCUUGAAGAUAUAGCAAAAGUUCUAUUAAUACAUAUGGACGAUCAAAAUAGUCAAGUUCAAAAUGCUGUUUUUGAUACAAUUUAUCAAUUCGCAACUCAACUUCAAAAUGCAUCAGAACCAUUUAUUAAUGAAGUUCGUAGUGUUAAGCAUAAACAUCGUAAUCAAAAUUUAUGCGAUACACUAAUUGAACGUAUUCAACAGUCAAAAUAA